CGAUUCGUACAGCAUUCGCGCGAAUUGGUAAAAACCAACAAUUUUAGUUUCACUUGUGAAGGCAUCGAAUUCAUCGAGAAACAGAUUUUGAAUGGGGUAUCAAAAAUGAAUGGUACCAAAGCUAAGCCUUAAAUGAGCGAAACGGAAUACAACGAGGAAAUAGAAAGGCUGAAAAAACCUGUUAAUAACAAUAACAGAAUAGAAAAGAAAAAGAAGAAAAAAAGACACACACACAAUAUUUUUUCUCAAAGACUAUUCAAUGACAAUAUCUAAAGUGUUUAUCAAGUUUUGGACGUGAAUUUAUGAGAAUCAACUGAAAGUGAAAGAGAGUUGUGCGUAUGCCGACGAACAAACGACAUCACCGAAAGAAUUGGGUAAAAUUGUGAUAAUGGCUAUGCUGAUAAAAUCAAAAGUGCACACCGUCAUUUUCUCAAUUAUCCUAAUUGUAUUGGAGAACUGGGGAACAGCCAACGCACAACAACAACCAUCAUCGCAACAACAGCUUCAACAAACAAAAGCGACAGACCAAAAUUUUUACUAUCAAUCACCACAACGAUUCCAAUCAGCGUUUCCAGCAUCGCGAAAUGGAUUCUUUCCAACCAAUGGCCUACCAAAUUUUGCGCAAAAUUUGCCACAAUCAUUACCACGUAGUCAAUUAGGGGGAGCUAUUCAACAGCCCGCACCACAACAACAGCAACAACAACAAUUUCAACAGUCGCCGCAACAAGAUCAGUCAGCAUUUUUCGGAGCCGUACCUACAAAGAAUGACGGUUCAACGGCCGACUAUUUUCAAUACACAGCAUUUCCGCAACAAACGCCGCGGCAGCAAGAAAAUUUCUUCCAAAUUUCCCCAAGACCAUUUGCAAUUCAACCGAAUGGAAAUCAUGGUCUUCAAUUUGUUCGACCACCGAUAGUUCCACAAUCCCAACAGUAUACAGCCGAUCAAAAUAAUAAUCAAUUUCCAUUUCCGCAACAAUCAUUUCCACAACAACAACAAUCGCAACAACUGCUACUGUCAAAUGAUGGCAAUUUGGACCAACAACGUCAACCGAUUGCACUUCAGCAACAAUCGUUAGCACAUCAAAAUGGUGGCCGAUCGCCAACGAUAACUAUUUACGAUGCGACAAAAUUCGUGAAACAAGGGCAAGCCAGUCGUCUACUGAACGAUUCAACGGCGAAUCGCAAUAGUAAUAACAAUUCAAUUAAAAAUAGCGUAAGAAAGUCAAACGAAUCAAUAACUAGUCAAGAAAAUAGCAAUGAAAACAAUCGAUUCCCGAUUACACGAAAUCGUUUUCAUCCAUUGAGCACAACAAAGCAACCAUCAACUAGCCGAAUAGCGCAACAAAUAACAACACCUACAUCGACAACAACAACAACACCGGCCACCGAUUUGAAUCCGACGAUCACAUUGGACCAACGUCAAAAUCGAAUUCCGAUUUCCUCACGCUUUGGAACAUCACGUGAACAAAAUACCAGCGUUCGCAUCAAUAAAUUCCUGCGACAACCGAUCUUUACAAGUCGCGAAAAUAUCCAACAAACGAUUAAACGCAUUAACAUUACACACAAUGGAAGUGCAAACCGUGAUGGAGGCAGCACAAGCCAAGAGGUAUCGAAUAGAACACAUCAAUUACAACUUUUGCAACAAGCACGGCAAAAGAUUCGUGAAUCAUCGGGUGAAACGGUGAAGGCACCGCUAUUACAGCAAGGAAUUAUAUCAAAACUUCCACAAAAAACAAUUAUCGAACAACGACCAUCGAUCGAAGCAAACGAGGAUGAUGAUGAGGAAGAAGAAUUUUUCUAUGAGGAUGACGAUGAUGAAGAGAAUCAGGGACAAGAAGAAAUUAGAGCAACGCCAAAACCCAAGGACGAACAGAAACCGGUCAUUUUGACAUCGAACUUUUUCUUACCCGGCAAACCAAUCCCAAAAUUGGAACAUCACGAUUUUGAAACGCAAGAGCCGAAUGACUUGUCCAGCGACAUCAGUGAAGUGAAUGCACAACAAAAAGAUAAAGCCGAAGAUGUGAUCGAUUCCGUGCCUGAAGUGGAAACAGAAAAGUUUUUAGAAACAACUACAACAAAAAAACUAGACGAAAAACCAACGAAAACAACAACUACGACACAGGCCAAGCCAGUCAUUGAAGAUCCAGAUGUUGAAUAUGAAUACGAAUAUGAUUAUAUCGAUGAACCAACAACAACGACAACAACAGCAACCACAGAGGCAAAGGUCAUACAAAAGCCGACCACAGUUCAAGUGGAUCAAACAACGGUCAAUAUAGCCGACGAUAACGAUCAUAAUGGCGAUGAUGAGGAUGAUGAUGAGCAACAAACGACCAUUGAAAGUGAUGAUGUGCCAGAGAUCACCAUAAGAACGGAAGAGAAAACAUUCAAAUCAAAUACAAGCAGCGGUAAAGAGACAUCAUCAGUAAGCGAUGCGACAGUGGCCGCCGAAAAUACGACAUCAAUGGAAGGCUACGUUGUUGUGGCUUCAGUUCAGACAAGCCGAAGUAUAUCUGAUGCCCGAUACAUAACAUUCCCUCAAGUCAUACAAGAGGAAAGAAGACAGUCACUUAGCGAUUUGGGCAAAGAUAUGAAAAAAUUCAACAAAGACGAUGAUUAUAAUAACAAUAAUGAAAGCACAUCGGACGAUUCAAACAAAGACGAUGAUGUGAUGGCAUCGAAUGAAGAAAAUACGACGACAACCGAAGAAAUUGAUUCAACGGAAACGUCACAAGAAAGUUUUACACAAUCGCAAAAUGAAUCGGACUCACAUCAAGACAUUGUAAAGACUCGCGUUCACAAACUUUCGUCAAUCAGUGAAAAAUUAGCACAUUUACAUGAGUUAAAUGAACCAAAAGCGGAAAUAACCACAAAGAGUAUUCCCGUUGUGAUACGAAAGUUUACACCACGCACAACCAAAGCGCCAACGCGUAAGCCAACAUCAACAACGGCACCAUCGAAACGAGUGAAUGUUGAUGAUGAGUUGGCAAGUUUGUUACCGCCCGGUUUCAAGUAUCGUGCACACAGUUUGAGCGAAUCAACAACAAAACCAACAACACCAGCAGAAACCACAUCGACCACUGUGAAGAGUGAUACGGUAAAGGAUGAUAUUAUCGCGAAAAAAAUUCAAUUUAAGGAAAUUUCACUGGAAGAUCUAUUGCCAAAAGACUAUAAACCGCCAAGUGAAAGUAAGCCAAAAGCUCAAAAUGGAACAAAGAAUGGAUCGGACACUUUGGUAAAAAUUAAAUUUGACGACAAUAUUGAAGCACUGUUGCCCAAAGAUUACAAACCAUAUUCGACCACACCGUCGUCAGCAACAAAAGCUCCAUUCCGUUUGAGCACGGUGACCGAAGAUAUUGGCAAAUUAUUACCACCGGGAUACAAACAACCAAAAGAAAGUUUCACAACAAAACGACCAUUAUCGAAAACGACAAUGGAUGACAUCAGCAAAUUUCUACCGCCAGGUUUUAAAUUGCCAAAAUUCACAACAACCGAGAAAACAACAACAUCGGCAGACAAUAAUAGUGGAAGCAGCAUUGAAAAUGUACUUAAUAAAUUGUCAUUCAAUGCAGACAUUAGCAGUUUGCUACCGCCUGGAUAUAAGGCCAAUGCUUCGGUCGAUGACUUAGCAUCAGCCGAAAACAAAGAAGAAACAUCAUCACCUCAAUCUACAUCGACAUCAACAUCACCAUCAAAUAAUAAAUUUGGUUUUCUGAAAGGCAUUGGAAAACGACCGGGCGUUCGAUUAACAACACCAAGACCAUCACAUGGCGGAGCACCAACGCCACCAAAAGUUACAAUUCGCUCUGGAUUACCCACAAGAGCAACGACCGAGUUUACCGGUUGGCCCACUGUUUCUACAACACCAUUGAGCGUUCAAAAGAUAAUUGAACAGCAAGGCGCACAAGCAAUUGAUAUUUCUGAAAUUCUGAAACGAACGUCAUCGAGUACAUCGACAACGGUCGUUACGACAACUACAACCACGACAACAGUACGACCAACACAACCGGGCACAUGUCAUGUGCAAUGUGAUUUAGCGGGAACAAUUAAAAUUGUUGACGGUGUUAAAUGGAAACCCGAACUUCUCGACCAUAACACAGUUGAAUACAAAAAUCUAGCAAAGGAAAUCGAAACUCAGUUGAAUAAUGUAUACAGUAAAGCGGAUCGUCUUCGAAAAUGGUACAAAAAGAUUCGUAUUGAUAGUUUCAGUCAGGGAAGUGUUCUUGUUGAUUAUUUUGUUGAAUUGGCCGAUGUAUCGCGUGAUAUAAAUACCCAAGAAAUUAAACAAAUGUUCCAUGACGCUCUUACCGAGGUACCAAUGACUGUUGUUCCAUUGAAAAACAAUGCAACCGCAUCGUCGAACAUGGAUAUGGAGCAAAUCAUCGCCGACUUCCCUGACAAUACAAAACCAGCCAGAAGCAACUAUUUAAUGGGCCACUUUAUUUUGGAUCCACUUUCAACUGAUUUUAUUGUAAUUCCAAAACAACGGACCAUACCAACAAUACCAAAUGAAAUUGAACAAAACGCAAUCAUUCCACAAUGGGCUAUUGCUGUUAUCGUAAUUGGUGCCGGUUCACUAUUAUUUGUUGUUAUAUUCGGUGCUGCUGUGCUAAUGAAUCGGCAAAAGCGAUCAAAAAAGAAGGCACCGGUUCCACUGACAGCCGAUAUGCUGAAUGAGUUAAAUAAAAACCAUAUGGGUGGCUUCGAAAAUUAUGGCCACGAAGAACUGUACAUCGAGGAUACCUGGGAUGAUGUGAAACCAGACUUUAAACCAAAACGUUUUGCAAACUCGAGUAGUGAUCGUGACGAACGAUUUGAUAGUUGGCGUACACAACAAAAGUACCAAGCAAAUGCCGACUAUUAUUAUGAUCAGAAAUUGACGAAACCACAUUAUUCCCAAAAAACGUAUGCAUAUCCACCACAAACUGAUCCAUAUAUGGAAAAUUAUCAUCCGCACUAUCACCCAUCCUAUGCAAGCCACCAUCAUCCAUCACACCAAAAUGCGAUGGGACUAUAUACCUACAAUACACGACGAUAUAAUCGAGAUUAUGAUCCAGAUUUCUGAUCAUUUCAAACCCAAUUUUCGAUAAUUCUUUUUUUUAAACAAAAAAAAAACAAAAAUAGUGUAAUUAUAUUUAUUUAACGAGUGAAUAUUGAUGCGUGCAUGGGCGUGACUGAGAGUUAUAUGUGAGAUCAACCAAUUUGAUAUUUACAUUUCGAAAAUUUCGUCAAACACUUAAGCAAUUCAGAGAAGAUGGAGAAGAAAAAAAAAUGAUGCAACGAAAUUACAGGAAUUUUAUGUUAAACUAACCGGAAAAUAUUAUAUU